AUGGAGGGAGAGAAUAGGAGCAUUAUUGAGAAAGGAUUAUUAUUGGUAAAUAAGGAAGAGAGUGCAAAUACAACUCCACUUCUUGUCUUCACCACUUUCAUCAUUGUCUCUGCCUCCUUCUCUUUCGGCGUUGCCUUAGGGCAUACUGCUGGUACAAUGGCCUCCAUUAUUGAAGAUCUUGAUCUUUCUAUCACACAAUUUUCUGUAUUUGGUUCGUUGUUGACAUUUGGAGGAAUGUUGGGUGCAAUAUUUAGCGCCACGAUUGCAGAUUCAUUUGGUUGUAAAAUGACUUUGUGGAUCUCUGAGGUAUUCUGCAUAAGUGGAUGGUUUGCAAUUGCACUAGCCAAGAAUAUUAUUUGGCUGGACUUGGGACGAUUCUUUGUAGGAAUUGGAGUUGGUCUCCUUAGUUACGUGGUUCCUGUAUAUAUUGCAGAAAUAACUCCCAAAACUGUGCGAGGCACUUAUACAUUUAGUAAUCAGUUGUUGCAAAAUUGUGGGGUGGCAACCGCGUAUUACCUAGGAAAUUUCAUAUCAUGGAGAAUCAUAGCCUUAAUCGGCAUACUUCCAUGCUUGAUACAACUUGUUGGAUUGUUUUUCGUCCCCGAGUCUCCAAGAUGGUUGGCAAAAGAAGGUCGUGACGAAGAAUGUGAGGUUGUUCUUCAGAAAUUAAGAGGAGACGAAGCGGAUAUUGUGAAGGAAACUAGAGAAAUCAUGAUUUCUGUUGAUGCUUCCGCGAAUAUCAGCAUGCGUAGUCUUUUCAAAAGGAAAUAUUCUCAUCAACUUACAAUCGGUGUAGGUUUGAUGCUUCUGCAACAGUUAAGUGGAAGUGCAGGAUUAGGUUAUUACGUUGGUAGCGUGUUUGAUCUUGCCGGAUUUCCUUCUCGGAUUGGGAUGACGGUGUUGUCUAUUGUCGUGGUACCAAAAGCUAUAUUGGGUCUGAUACUUGUGGAACGAUGGGGAAGAAGACCGCUUCUUAUGGCAUCGGCAUUUGGGUUAUGUUUAGGUUGUAUCUCUCUUGCAUUAGCGUUUGGAUUGAAAGGUGUCCCUGGGAUUAAUGUAAAUGUUACUCCCACUUUGGCAUUUAUAGGAAUAUUGACAUUUGUUAUGAUGUUCGCGGCUGGAUUAGGAGCGCUACCAUGGAUUAUAAUGUCUGAGAUAUUUCCGAUGGACAUGAAAGUAGUAGCUGGAAGUUUAGUAAGCAUAACGAAUUGGUUUACUGGUUGGAUCGUCAGCUACUGUUUCAAUUUUAUGCUUCUUUGGAGUCCAACCGGAACUUUUAUCAUAUUUGCUACGAUAUGUGGAGCAACGAUUGUCUUCGCAUGGUGUUUGGUGCCUGAGACUCGAGGUUUAACUUUAGAAGAAAUCCAACUUCGACGUGCUCAUUAAUACUUUGAGUUGAUCUGAUAUAUCUAUUAUAAAACAAUCAUAAUCGGAUUUCAUAUAGUAUACAAACAAUGU